GGAAGAGGCGCUGACGGGCGGGGGUGCGCCCGAGAGUGCCCCGGCGUGUUCGCUUAGUUCAGUGAAUCAGAACAAUGACUGCGCCGCCGGGUCCCCGGGAACGCGUCGGAGGACAGUGAGCAGCCGCCGCCGGGGAAGCUGCGGGCGGCGCAGGCUCGGUGGCGCGGUGUCACCGCCGGGCUCGCGAGCUUCCAGCGCGGACCUCGUCGAGCGCCCGCCACCCGUGCGGAGCCGCCGGGCUCGGGCGCCGCAGCCGCUCUUCGGGAGCCGCGCAUUGUUGUGAGCCUGUGGAGGGGCGCGGGCUCUACAAAGCCUGGAGACCCCGGCGCCCCUGUCCGCCAUGUGGAUACCUACGGAGCACGAGAAAUACGGCGUGGUUAUUGCCAGUUUUCGAGGAACCGUCCCAUUUGGCCUGUCACUGGAAAUUGGCGACACAGUUCAGAUCCUGGAGAAGUGUGAUGGCUGGUACAGAGGAUUUGCCUUAAAAAACCCAAAUAUCAAGGGUAUAUUUCCUUCCAGCUACGUUCACUUGAAGAAUGCCUGUGUAAAGAAUAAAGGACAAUUUGAAAUGGUUAUUCCUACUGAAGACUCUGUUAUCACAGAAAUGACAUCUACGUUAAGGGACUGGGGGACCAUGUGGAAGCAACUCUAUGUGAGGAAUGAAGGUGAUCUCUUCCAUCGGCUGUGGCAUAUCAUGAAUGAGAUCCUGGAUCUGCGGCGACAGGUGCUGGUUGGCCAUCUCACCCAUGACCGGAUGAAGGAUGUCAAGCGCCACAUUACUGCUCGCCUAGACUGGGGCAACGAACAACUGGGACUGGACCUGGUGCCUAGGAAAGAGUAUGCAAUGGUGGAUCCAGAGGACAUCAGCAUUACUGAGCUUUACCGAUUGAUGGAGCAUCGACAUCGGAAGAAAGACACCCCGGUGCAGGCCAGCAGUCACCACCUCUUCGUCCAGAUGAAGAGCCUCAUGUGCUCCAACCUGGGAGAGGAGCUGGAGGUCAUCUUCUCACUCUUUGACAGCAAAGAGAACAGGCCUAUCAGUGAGAGAUUUUUCUUGAGACUGAAUAGAAAUGGGCUUCCCAAAGCUCCGGAGAAACCAGAACGACACUGCUCUCUCUUCAUGGAUUUGGGUAGCAGCGAGUUACGAAAGGACAUCUACAUUACCGUGCACAUUAUCCGAAUCGGUCGAAUGGGAGCAGGAGAAAAGAAGAAUGCCUGCAGCGUGCAGUAUCGGAGGCCCUUUGGCUGUGCAGUUCUCAGCAUCGCUGAUCUGCUAACAGGAGAGACAAAGGAUGACCUCGUCCUGAAAGUAUACAUGUGUAACACAGAGAGCGAGUGGUACCAAAUUCACGAGAACAUCAUCAAAAAGCUGAAUGCACGCUACAACUUGACUGGCUCCAAUGCAGGGUUAGCGGUUUCCCUCCAGCUCUUGCAUGGGGACAUUGAACAGAUUAGAAGAGAAUACUCAUCAGUGUUUUCUCAUGGAGUGUCCAUAACAAGGAAGUUGGGUUUUUCUAAUAUUAUCAUGCCAGGCGAAAUGAGGAAUGAUUUAUAUAUCACCAUAGAAAGGGGAGAAUUUGAGAAAGGAGGGAAGAGUGUGGCCAGAAAUGUGGAAGUCACCAUGUUCAUUGUAGACAGCAGUGGCCAGACCUUAAAGGAUUUUAUCUCUUUUGGCGCUGGCGAGCCACCAGCUAGUGAGUACCACUCGUUUGUGCUUUAUCAUAACAACAGUCCGCGGUGGUCUGAAUUACUGAAGCUUCCUAUUCCGGUGGAUAAAUUCAGGGGCGCACAUAUCCGCUUUGAAUUUCGCCAUUGUUCCACGAAGGAGAAAGGCGAGAAGAAGUUGUUUGGUUUCUCUUUUGUGCCCCUGAUGCAGGAAGAUGGUCGGACUCUUCCAGAUGGCACACAUGAGCUCAUCGUGCAUAAGUGUGAAGAAAAUACAAACCUUCAGGAUACUACCCGCUACCUCAAACUCCCCUUCUCCAAGGGCAUUUUCCUUGGGAAUAAUAAUCAAGCCAUGAAGGCCACAAAGGAAUCUUUCUGGAUAACAUCUUUCCUCUGUUCCACAAAGCUCACACAAAAUGGUGAUAUGCUUGAUCUUUUGAAAUGGAGAACCCACCCAGACAAGAUCACAGGCUGUCUUUCUAAAUUAAAAGAAAUUGAUGGCUCAGAGAUAGUAAAGUUUCUGCAAGAUACACUGGAUACUUUAUUUGGAAUUUUAGAUGAAAAUUCCCAAAAAUAUGGGUCUAAAGUUUUUGAUUCUUUGGUUCACAUAAUAAAUCUGCUGCAGGAUAGCAAAUUUCAUCAUUUUAAGCCUGUGAUGGACACUUACAUUGAGAGCCAUUUCGCUGGGGCACUUGCGUACAGAGAUCUCAUCAAAGUGCUCAAGUGGUAUGUGGACAGGAUCACAGAAGCAGAGCGGCAGGAGCACAUCCAGGAGGUGCUGAAGGCCCAGGAAUACAUUUUUAAGUAUAUAGUUCAGUCCCGAAGGCUGUUUUCUCUCGCCACUGGUGGGCAAAAUGAAGAGGAAUUUCGCUGCUGCAUCCAGGAGCUCCUGAUGUCUGUCCGGUUCUUUCUGUCCCAAGAAAGCAAAGGGUCCGGAGCGUUAUCUCAGUCCCAGGCUGUGUUUCUGAGCUCCUUCCCAGCUGUGUACUCAGAACUCUUGAAGCUCUUCGAUGUCCGGGAAGUAGCCAACUUGGUGCAGGACACUCUGGGUAGCCUGCCAACCAUCAUGCAUGUGGACGACUCCCUGCAGGCCAUUAAGCUGCAGUGCAUCAGCAAGACUGUGGAAAGCCAACUCUACACCAACCCAGAUUCCCGAUACAUUCUCCUGCCUGUCGUGUUACAUCACCUCCACAUUCACUUGCAAGAACAGAAGGACUUGAUCAUGUGUGCGCGUAUCCUUAGCAACGUAUUUUGUCUCAUCAAGAAAAAUAGCUCAGAAAAAUCUGUGUUGGAGGAAAUCGAUGUGAUAGUGACCAGCCUGCUGGACAUCCUACUGAGAACCAUCCUGGAGAUCACCAGUCGCCCUCAGCCAUCCAGCUCUGCCCUGCGGCUCCAGUUCCAGGAUGUCACUGGAGAAUUUGUGGCCUGUCUCCUGUCCCUAUUACGACAAAUGACAGACAGACAUUAUCAACAACUUCUUGAUAGUUUUAACACAAAGGAAGAGCUAAGGGAUUUCCUGCUGCAGAUAUUCACUGUGUUCCGAAUACUGAUACGCCCGGAGAUGUUUCCGAAGGACUGGACUGUGAUGCGCUUGGUUGCUAACAAUGUUAUUAUUACUACAGUUCUGUACCUCUCGGAUGCACUUCGUAAAAACUUCUUAAAUGAAAACUUUGACUAUAAGAUCUGGGACUCCUACUUUUACCUCGCAGUCAUUUUUAUAAACCAGUUGUGUCUGCAGCUAGAAAUGUUCACGCCUUCCAAAAAGAAAAAGGUAUUAGAAAAGUAUGGUGACAUGCGGGUAACAAUGGGUUGUGAAAUUUUCAGCAUGUGGCAAAACCUAGGAGAACACAAACUUCAUUUCAUCCCAGCCCUGAUCGGCCCCUUCCUGGAAGUGACCUUGAUUCCCCAGCCAGAUCUCCGGAACGUCAUGAUCCCUAUUUUCCAUGACAUGAUGGACUGGGAGCAGAGGCGGAGCGGCAACUUUAAACAGGUGGAAGCCAAGUUAAUUGACAAACUGGACAGCCUGAUGUCAGAAGGCAAAGGUGACGAAACAUACCGUGAGCUCUUCAACAGUAUAAUUCCACUAUUUGGUCCCUAUCCUAGUUUACUAAAGAAAAUUGAGCGGGAAACAUGGAGGGAAAGUGGCGUUUCAUUAAUUGCCACUGUAACUCGUCUAAUGGAGAGGUUGUUAGAUUACAGGGACUGCAUGAAAAUGGGAGAGGUAGAUGGCAAAAAGAUUGGCUGCACCGUUAGCCUUCUGAACUUUUAUAAGACUGAACUGAACAAAGAAGAGAUGUAUAUACGCUACAUUCACAAACUCUAUGAUCUGCAUCUCAAGGCACAGAACUUUACAGAAGCUGCCUACACUCUGCUACUGUACGAUGAGCUGCUCGAGUGGUCUGAUCGGCCGCUCAGGGAGUUCCUGACCUACCCCAUGCAAACUGAAUGGCAGCGCAAGGAGCACCUGCACCUCACCAUCAUCCAGAACUUUGACAGAGGCAAAUGUUGGGAGAACGGGAUCAUCUUGUGCCGGAAGAUUGCAGAGCAGUAUGAGAGUUAUUAUGACUACCGGAACCUGAGCAAGAUGAGGAUGAUGGAAGCUUCCUUGUAUGACAAAAUUAUGGAUCAGCAGCGACUGGAGCCAGAAUUCUUCAGAGUUGGAUUUUAUGGGAAAAAAUUUCCUUUUUUCUUAAGAAAUAAGGAGUUCGUGUGUCGAGGGCACGACUACGAGAGGCUGGAGGCCUUCCAGCAGAGGAUGCUGACCGAGUUCCCCCACGCCAUCGCCAUGCAGCACGCCAACCAGCCCGACGAGACCAUCUUCCAGGCGGAAGCGCAGUAUUUGCAGAUCUAUGCUGUGACUCCCAUUCCCGAGAGCCAGGAGGUCCUGCAGAGAGAGGGUGUCCCUGAUAACAUCAAAAGCUUCUACAAAGUGAAUCACAUCUGGAAAUUCCGCUACGAUAGGCCAUUUCACAAAGGCACGAAAGAUAAAGAGAAUGAGUUCAAGAGUCUCUGGGUGGAGAGGACGUCAUUAUACUUGGUGCAGAGUUUACCUGGCAUUUCCCGCUGGUUUGAAGUGGAAAAGCGUGAAGUGGUAGAAAUGAGUCCUCUGGAAAAUGCAAUUGAAGUCCUGGAAAAUAAGAACCAGCAACUGAAGACUCUGAUUAGCCAGUGUCAGACCAGACAGAUGCAGAAUAUUAACCCCCUGACCAUGUGCCUCAACGGGGUCAUCGAUGCCGCGGUGAAUGGUGGGGUUUCCAGGUACCAGGAGGCUUUCUUUGUCAAAGAAUACAUUCUAAGUCAUCCUGAAGAUGGGGAGAAGAUUGCACGGUUAAGAGAGCUGAUGCUUGAGCAGGCACAGAUUCUGGAGUUUAGUUUGGCUGUGCAUGAGAAGUUUGUGCCUCAAGAUAUGAGACCCCUUCACAAAAAGCUGGUGGACCAGUUCUUUGUGAUGAAGUCGAGCUUAGGAAUUCAGGAGUUCUCCGCUUGUAUGCAAGCCAGUCCUGUCCAUUUUCCUAAUGGAAGCCCCCGAGUGUGUAGAAAUUCAGCGCCUGCUUCCAUGAGCCCAGAUGGUACUAGGGUAAUUCCUAGACGUAGCCCAUUAAGUUACCCAGCUGUCAACCGGUAUUCUUCCUCCUCACUGUCCUCCCAGGCUUCUGCUGAAGUAAGCAAUAUUACAGGGCAAUCAGAAAGCUCUGAUGAAGUCUUUAACAUGCAGCCAAGUCCGUCUACCUCAAGCUUGAGUUCCACUCACUCUGCUUCACCUAAUGUGACAAGUUCUGCUCCAUCAAGUGCCAGAGCUUCUCCCUUGUUGUCUGACAAACACAAACAUUCCAGAGAAAACUCCUGCCUGUCCCCAAGAGAGAGACCAUGCAGUGCCAUUUACCCAACACCUGGGGAGCCUUCUCAGGUACACCUUGCCGGUGAAGAAAGUUGGAAACGGGAAAGUCUGGGAUUACCUCCACAGCCCUGCACAAGCGCGCUGCAGCUGCCCAAGAGGAUGCUGUUCAAUCAUAUUGGAGACGGAGCCUUGCCACGCAGUGACCCAAACCUUUCUGCACCUGACAAAGCUAUGAACCCCACCCCUAGCAGCUGGAGCCUGGACAGUGGGAAGGAAGCCAAGAACAUGUCGGAUAGUGGGAAACUUAUCUCUCCCCCUGUCCCUCCAAGACCCACACAGACUGCUUCACCAGCGAGACACACGACGACUGUCUCCCCCUCACCUGCUGGGCGGUCUCCACUGAAGAGCUCGGUGCAGUCCUUCACGCCCUCGCCCGUGGAGUACCACUCCCCCGGCCUGACCUCCAACUCCCCGGUCCUGUCGGGCAGCUACAGCAGCGGCAUCUCGUCCCUCAGCCGGUGCAGCAUGUCGGAAACCUCAGGCUUCGAGAAUCAGGGGAACGAGCCGGCCACGCCCGCGCCAGCGCCCGGCUACAGCGCGCCCGAGGAGCCGGCGCGCAAGGAGAGCAAGACGCCGCCGCCCUACAGCGUGUUCGAGCGGACCCUGCGGCGGCCCGUGCCGCUGCCGCACAGCCUGUCCAUCCCCGCGGCCGCCGAGCCGCCCGCGCUGCCGCCCAAGCCGCUGGCCGCCCGCGCCGGCCACCUGGAGAACGGGACGCGCAGGACCGAGCCCGGCCCGCGGCCGCGGCCGCUGCCCCGCAAGGUCUCGCAGCUCUGAGGCCCGCCCCGGCUCCGGCCGCGCUGCUGCCUCGUGGCCGUGUACGGAACGUGAUGCCAAGUGUGAUGCGAAGACACGUAGCGUAGGCACUUUAGUAACGUACUCAGAGCUUUCUUUCAGCGAAUGGAAUUAAAACUUGCUUAUUAAUAUGAUGUUGCACAAUAUUAAACGUUAACUGAUCUAAAACGCCAGAUGUUGCAGGAAGCACGGCCGAAUCUCAUUAAAACGUUUCUCGGUUGACGGUGGUAAAUAGUGAUAAAGACUCCUUUUGUAUCUUUUUAUGUUCACUUUUUUUACGUAGUUUAAUCCUAAACCCAAUACAAUAUUGUCAAACAAUGCACUGUGUGAUAAUGUUGUAUACUUUCUACUGAAUACUUGAUACUCCAAGAAAGCUUGUUUGUCGAUGCACAUCCUAACACAGUGGUCCUUACUUUCGAAGACUUCUGUAAAGAAAGCAAGGGUUCCUACUCUUACCGGAGCAGAUGAUCACUGCAGAAUUCAUCCUCAGAAUUAAAGGUGAAAGCCGCCCAUUUAGACAGCAUACUUAAGGGGUUGCAAGGAUUGAGACUGGAAAUUUUGUUCUUGAAACAGGAUGCUUUUUUAAGGUUGCUUUUGACAUUUGACAACUGUCUACAUUCUUAAAACUCUGCUUUCUAAAUUGGUUGCUAAAUGCUUUAGUACCCUGACGCCAUGCUAUCUACUGUAUUUCUUUUUAAGGUGCAAUUUGCUUUCUGAGUUCCAAUCAGCUAGAUAAAGUAAGAGACCCCAGAGGAAUUGUUUACUUGAAUUUUGUGCUUCCUUACUUGGUAGUUUCUUAUGUAAAACGUGUUCACUGAAGAAGAGCCAGAUGUUCAAGUGUUAAAUAGGCACAAAUCAUUGUGCCCCGUUAAUGAGAAUUCAAGAAUCAAUACAGGACAGUAUUCAAUCAAUAGCAUAAAUGAAGAAAAGAAAAUCUUAGCGACACUAUGUUAGCAUGAUUAAGUGGCAGAAGGACAUCCAGAAGACAAGGACGGUAACUUUUGAUCCUGCACGAUUAAAGAAUUCUCCUUGCUUGCUAGUGGAGCUUGUCUUCCCAGCUGAUCCUGUGGUCAUUUUGGAGGAGGAGGGUGACUGUAGAUGGUUCUAGCGUGAUACUGCAGCUUAGCAUCUUAGAUCUAGGUAGGCACACGGAUGCCCCAGUUGUAGGAGUGUGGGAAAAAAGCACCUUGUAUGUAGUAAUGUAUUUUGUAUCUUUGUUUUAUCUUUUACUGACUGUUUAUAACACUGAAUUGACAAUAGAUAUGAACUCUUAAAUAUUUUUCCCUCUUUUGUUGGGAAGCUCAUUUUAGUUUAACCGUGUUUGUUUUUGUUGAUAGCUUACCUGGAAGGCAGUGACCACUUUUUUAUAUUCUCUUAAUGAAACCAUUCAGCAGGCAUAAUGCUGUUGAGGCUGGUUAUAGAGGUUUUUCUAUAAUAAAUGUUCAAGUAUUUUUGUACAUAACUGGUUAAUUUUAAUAAGAUAUACCAUUAUGUGUAAAAAAAAGAAAAAAACAGUUGUGGAUGCAGUAUGAUUGUUAUAAUUAUGCCAAAUACUUUAUGUAUGGAAAAAGAAUAUUUGUACAUAUGUGCUUUUAACAAUAAUUCUGCCAUAUUGACUUUACAAUUUUGAAUGUCAGAAAAAUUAAUAUAUGUUAAAAUAUUUAUGUUUAGUGAAAGUAUUCAUAAUUGAGGAAAAGAACAUAAGAAUUUUAGCUUUGUAUCUUGCAAGUUUUGCAGUUGGAAAUUUAUUCAACUAGCUUUUGCUUUUGAUUAUAACACUUUGUGUUUGUAAUCACAUCCUAAAAUAUAUAUAUAUAUAUAUGUAUGUAUGUAUGAAGCUCCAUGUUUCUGUUGCUUUAAAGAAGUAAAACCUCCCAUUUAAAUAAGAGACAAAAAUAACAAAACUUCUUUGAUUUCUUUUUCCUGUGUAAUUUAAUAGAUUUCUUGAUUAGUGCUUUGGCACAGAUAAAUCAGUGUUAUUUGCUCUUGAAGCCAUUUUUUAAAAAAUUGGCAAUGAACAGUUGAAUUUAUCAUGUGUGUAUUUCUAAAGCAGCUACAUAGCAGAACAUUUCAGGAGAUUUUGUUAGAUGUUCAUGUUGGUUGCUGCUGAAUGGUAAAUAUUAAAUAAAGUUACCAGAUUAAUCUUAA